UUGCACUGCUCUCACACACUCACCUAGCAGCACAGAUCAGUCAGCCAGACUUACACACACACACCUCACAUUCUAACUCAAUUUAAUGCUGGGAUCAUUCUGACAAUUCACAUGCUAGCUGGUUCAUCUGAGAUCAGGCAUCCAGCAGGACCUCCACUGGUGUCUCUCCUGUGUCCUCUCUGGGGUUCAGUCUGUGCCUCUGCUGGAGCUGAACCAAACCCUCUCAGACACUCAUCGUAUGGACAAAGGUUUGAGUGAUGGGAUGAGGUGGAGAUAGAAAGGCAGACAGAGAGAUAGGGAGACAGUGGGUUGGGGGAUUGAAUAGACUGCGCUGGUUGCUGAAGCAAGGCAAGGAACCGUUGUCAACAGCGACGCAGGAGCAGCAUGUCUCAGAUGAAAAGAUACACUUACAGCAGGACCACCAGCAGCGGCAGCAGCAGAAUGAGUUCAGAUGGAGGUGGGCGGCCUGUUAAGGUGGGCUCUCUAGUUGAGGUCAUCGGUAAAGGUCAUCGAGGUACCGUGGCAUAUAUUGGAAACACCCUCUUUGCCUCUGGAAAAUGGGUGGGAGUCAUUCUAGAGGAACCUAAAGGGAAGAAUGAUGGGACUGUGCAGGGCAAACGAUAUUUCACCUGUCAGGAGAACCAUGGUAUAUUUGUACGCCAAUCACAGAUUCAGUUAGUUGAAGAUUUGGCUGACACAACAUCUCCUGACACGCCAGAAGCUGCCACCUCCAAAAUGCUGAAACGAGAGAUAAUUGAAGGUCCAAGGUCAAACAAAGUGAGAGGAACCAAACCAAAAAAGGCACCUACGACUCGUAAGACCACGGCCAGAAGGCCCAAGCAAACGCGGGCUGGAGUGGGCGUGAAGGUGGGCUCUGGAUCAGCGUCUGCUGGAGAGAUGAGCAGCAGUGAACCCAGCACACCUGCCCAAACACCACUGGCUGCUCCAGUUAUACCUUCACCUGUGGGAAAACUGCCCUCUCCUGGGGCUCCUCCCUUCCCGGGCCCCAGCAAGGAAGAGGAGUCACUGCGUGCCCAGGUGAAGGAUCUGGAGGAGAAGUUGGAGACACUGAAGAUGAAGAGGAUGGAGGACAAGAUUAAGCUGAAGGAGCUUGAGAAGCACAAGAUUCAGCUGGAGCAGCUGCAGGAGUGGAAGAGUAAGAUGCAGGAACAACAAAACGAAUUGCAGAAACAACUCAAAGAGGCCAAGAAGGAAGCUAAGGAAGCUCUUGAAGCUAAAGAGCACUACAUGGAAGAGAUGGCAGAUACAGCAGAUGCCAUUGAGAUGGCCACCCUGGAUAAGGAAAUGGCUGAAGAACGGGCCGAAUCACUGCAACUGGAGGCUGACGCUCUAAAAGAGAGAGUGGAUGAGCUGACCAUGGACUUGGAGAUACUCAAACAUGAGAUAGAGGAAAAAGGUUCGGAUGGAGCAGCGUCUAGUUACCAUGUAAAGCAGUUAGAGGAGCAGAAUGCUCGACUGAAGGAGGCUUUGGUGAGGAUGCGUGACUUGUCAGCAUCAGAGAAACAAGAGUAUGGAAAGCAACAGAAACAAAUGGAGAAGAAAAAUUUUGAGCUGGAUACACUUAGAUGCCAUAAAGAAAAACAACAGGAGGAAAUGAAGAUGGCUGAGAAAACUAUCGAUGAGCUCAAAGAGCAAGUGGAUGCUGCUCUCGGGGCAGAGGAGAUGGUGGAGAUGUUGACGGAGCGUAAUCUGGACCUGGAGGAGAAAGUACGGGAGCUCAAAGAAACUGUCGCAGAUCUGGAAGCCAUAAAUGAGAUGAAUGACGAGCUGCAGGAGAACGCCAGAGAGACGGAGCUGGAGUUGAGAGAGCAGCUGGAUCUAGGUGGUGCCAGCGUCAGGGAGGCGGAGAAGCGCGUGGAAGCAGCACAAGAAACAGUGGCAGACUACCAGCAGACCAUCCAGAAAUACAGAGAGCUCACUGCACACCUACAGGAGGUGAACAGGGAGCUGAUGAGCCAACAGGAAGCCAACGCUGAGCAGCAGCAACAGCCUGCGGAGAUCUUCGAUUUCAAGAUUAAAUUUGCUGAAACCAAAGCCUAUGCCAAGACCAUAGAAAUGGAGCUGCGUAAAAUGGAGGUCACUCAGGCUAAUAGACAGGUGUCACUGUUGAUUUCCUUCAUGCCUGACUCCUUCCUGAAACACGGAGGAGACCAUGACUGCAUCCUGGCUCUGCUGCUCAUCCCACGACUCAUCUGCAAGGCAGAGCUGAUCAGUAAGCAGGCUCAGGAGAAGUUUGAGUUGACUGAGACGUGCUCUCAGAGGGCCGGGAUGAGAGGAGCCGUCGGAGAACAGCUGAGCUUUGCUGCUGGACUCAUCUAUUCUCUCACACUGCUACAGGCAGCACUGCACAAAUAUGAACAUGCUCUGAGUCAGUGCAGUGUGGACGUGUACAAGCGUGUGGGUUCUCUGUACUCUGAGAUGAGCGUCCAUGAGCGUUCCCUGGAUUUCCUCAUAGACCUCUUGUACAAAGACCUGCUGGAUGAAACUGUCAAUGUGGAACCCCUAACCAAAGCUAUUAAAUACUAUCAGCACCUUUACAGUAUUCAUCUCGCUGAACAGCCUGAGGACUGUACUGUGCAGCUAGCGGACCACAUCAAAUUUACCCAGAGUGCCCUGGACUGUAUGGCAGUAGAGGUGGGGCGUCUGAGGGCCUUCGUACAAACGGGACAAGACGAGGAAGGGUUUUGUGUGCUGCUGAAGGAUCUGGACACUUCCUGUAGUGACAUACGACAGUUCUGCAAGAAGAUCCGCCGUCGUAUGCCAGGCACAGAUGCACCGGGCAUCCCAGCUGCCCUCAGCUUCGGGCCACAGGUGUGUGAGACCCUGGCAGAGAGCAGAAGGCAGCUGGCCUGGGUGAAUGCUGUGCUCCAGGAAGUGGCAGCAGCAGCCGCUCAGCUCAUCGCCCCUCUCAGCGAACACGAGGGACUUCCAGCCCUCAAACUGGAAGACAUGGCCUUUAAAGCAGCUGAACAGAUCUAUGGGUCACAGGGCAUAAACGCCCAAGAGUGUCUGCGGCAGUCAUGCAGUGUUGUCAUAGCAACCAUGAACAAGAUGGCCACCGCUAUGCAGGAGGGGGAAUAUGACUCUGACAGACCACAGAAUGGAAUAUCUCCUGUUGAAGUCCGAGCAGCGGCUCUAAGGGCAGAAAUCACUGAUGCUGAAGGACUCGGCCUCAAACUUGAGGACAGAGAAACUGUCAUUAAAGAGCUUAAGAAAUCCCUUAAAAUAAAGGGAGAGGAACUGAGUGAGGCCAGUGUGCGUCUCAGUUUGUUGGAGAAAAAGCUGGACAGUUCGUCUAAAGAUGCGGAUGAGCGAGUGGAAAAGAUUCAGACGAUCCUAGAUGAGACGCAUUCACUGCUGAAAAAGAAAGAGAAGGAGUUUGAGGAGACCAUGGAUGCUCUCCAGGCUGACAUAGACCAACUAGAGGCAGAGAAAGCAGAGCUUAAGCAGAGAAUCAACAGCCAAUCAAAGAUGACCAUUGAAGGCCUGAGAGGAAGUCAAGCUUCUGGCAUCGCCUCCAUUGUGACUUGUGGCAUCACUGCUGAAGAACAAAAAGGUGUGUGUGCAGCUGCAGGAGUGCAAGUGAUGGAUUCUCCACUGCUGACUCAGCAGAUUGAAGCUCAGCGACUCAGCAUAAAGCACUUGAAGAACGAGAACAACAGACUGAAGGCAGAAAAGAUGCGUGCUCAGCUGGCGUCUCUCACUCCUCUGAAUGUGCCAAAGCUGGGCUGGAGAGAGGGCUGCAGGCCGGAGGUGUUGUCUAGUGCCCUCUACCGAAAAACAGACCAACUACUGGACACUCUGCUCCAGAUGAGUGCCAAUGUGAAAGUGGUGGACAUCACAGGGAAAUCUCCAGUGAGUCCCAGUGCGCAGCUCCUAGAGCAAACUGCAAGACUGCAGUCGCUCAGUGACACCCUCGAUAGGCUUAAGGAUGAGGUUGCUGAACAUGUAGUGACUCAUAGGCCUGGUGCUCAAGUCUCGUCCGAUUUUGCCACUUUUCCCUGCACUUCCUUUGUGAAGGCAAAGGAGGAGAAGAAAGGAGAUGCUGUGUUAGUCGGCCGUGUGAUGAUGCCUUGCGCCCAAGGGCAGGAACAGGUGCAUCGUCUGGUGCUUUCACAGACACAGUUACAGAGAGUUCAUCGCCUACUCCAGACUUAAAAUGACCCGUCGCCUCUUUACAAAAUAUGAAACUUAUUCAGUCAAUCUCCAAAACCCCAAAAUGUUAAACAACAGAUAUCCCAGCUAACAUGGAACAUUCUCAGAACUUUGGUUAAUGUUUUUGUCUGAAACGUUUUAGUUGGAUGUUUGUCUAACGUUAUUAACAAACGUUCUUCCAGUAACAUUAAUAGAAUGUUUAUUCAAAGUUAUCUGGUCUUUAAUAAUGUUCUCAAAAUGUUAGCACAAAAACGUUAUUCAUACAUUGUUCAUGGAACUUUUUUUCUCUGAAACGUUUUAUUUGGACAUUUGUAUAAUGUUUGUAAAUGUUAUUCUUGUUUCAGAACAUUCAGAGAACAUUUAGUAUUUAGUAACGUUCGCAUAAUGUUUGCAAAAUUAUAAAGUGGAAACAUUCAGGAAGUUUUGAACAUUCAGGGAAUGAUCAAAAAUAACGCUUUCACAACUUAAUGGGAAUGUUAGCAAAAUGUUCUUAGAAUAUUUUUUUUGUUAGCUGGGAUUAUGGAGAAUGCAUUUAUGGCCACAAACCAGUGCUUCAUUUGGUGAAGCACACACAAGUCAAGCAUCUGCAAAGCUUUGAGUGUGUUUAUAUCUACCACACCAAAAUUUGUGAAAAUGAUACAAAAAGGUUACAGAUUUGAAACAUGA